CAGGGGGAAUCCCAAGUGCCUCGAGGCGCGCGUGCCUUUAGUUCAGAUCCUAAGCUGGGUCUCGCCUCGCUUUCCAAGGUUUUACCUUCCAAGCGCGCUUCUGGCGGGACGCCUUGAAGGGUGCCGGGGUCGGCGGCCGCUGCGGAGGCGAAUGCGGGAGUUGUCGCUUCGGGACGCGCGCCGCAGGUAGUUAAAGCCCAUGGCCUCUGAAGAUCUUGCAGGCCAGUUAUCAAAUCUGUACAUCGGACAGAACUCCUCAAAUGCAGUUUCUCUAGAAUUUGACCCCAAUGUCAACUAUCAGUUUGUGGAGAUCUUAGAUGAACGAUACAAAUGUACACGCUGUCACCUAGUCCUCCAUAAUCCGCACCAGACAGGAUGUGGACAUAGAUUUUGCCAGCAUUGCAUUGUUUCUUUGAGAGAUUUAAAUACAGUAUCUACAUGUCCUAUCGACAAUGAAAUAAUAAAAUUUCAAGAGGUUUUCAAAGAUAAUUGCUGCAAAAGAGAAGUACUCAAUUUGCAAGUAUUUUGUAAAAAUUCACCCGCCUGCGCUGCAAAGUUAGGUCUAGGGCGAUACCAGGAUCACCUACAACAGUGUUUGUUUGAAACUGUGCAGUGUACUAAUGAAGGCUGUCAUGAAAAAAUUGUUCUGAAGGAUUUAAAAGAACACCUUACUCAGCAAUGUAACUUUCGAAAAGAACAGUGCCAAUGCUGUAAACAGCCUGUGAUAUCAAUUAAUUUAAAGACCCAUGAAAAGGUAGAUUGCCCGAAUUAUCCCUGGAUUUGUCCCUAUGGCUGCAUGCAAAUGAUUUUGAUGAAAGAGGCAGAAGAUCAUGUUUUGGUAUGCCCUGAAAUGGAAAUUGAUUGUCCAUAUAAAAUGUGUGGCUGUCCUAAAAAGGUUAAAAGAAGCAAGCUUUUAGAACAUGAGAAUAUCUUCUUGAGAGAACAUAUGCUACAGAUUGUAGAUAAAAACACAAAGCUGGAAGAUCAGAUUUCUGACCUUUAUAAUAGCCUUAAAUAUAAAGAGAGAAAAAUCUUGCAACUAUCAGAUAUGAUUAAAAAUUGUGAGAGAGAAUUCAGACAAUUAUCACAGUUAUUUUGCAAAAACAGCAAUCUGCUGGCAAGCACUCAGACUUUGGCCAUUCACAUUGAUAAAAAUACCUUCCUGGAAACACAGUUAAGACAGCUGGUACAAAAGACAAAUCAGCAGCAAAGCAAACUGGACCUGAGAACAUUACUGGACACCAUUGAUAACCUAAAGCAGAAAGUUGCUCUUCUUGAAUCAUAUGAUCAACGUCUAGUUGUUUUAGAAGACUUGGCUACCCAACAAGAUACUGUCUUCAGAAUGCAUGGGACACAACUUAACAAAAAUGAAGAACGGUUCAAGAUUUUGGAAGGAGCAAGUUACAAUGGAAAAUUGAUCUGGAAAAUUAUGGACUAUAAAAUUAAGAAGAAGCAAGCUAUAGAAGGGCACAUCCUCUCCUUAUGUAGUCAACCUUUUUAUACCAGCCACUGUGGAUAUAGAUUAUCUGCCAGAACAUAUUUAAAUGGAGAUGGCUCAGGACGGGGAACUCAUGUUUCAUUGUAUUUUGUAGUGAUGAGAGGAGAAUUUGAUUCAUUAUUAUCAUGGCCUUUCAAGCAAAAGGUUACACUUAUGCUUUUGGACCAAAGUGGAAGGAAAAAACAUAUAUGUGAAACUUUCAAAGCUGAUCCUAACAACAGCAGCUUCAAAAGGCCAGAAGGAGAAAUGAAUGUGGCUUCUGGGUGUCCUCGGUUUGUUGCACACUCUGUGUUGGAAAAUGCAAAAAAUACCUACAUCAAAGAUGAUACACUCUUUCUGAAAGUAAUGGUAGAUUUGACUGAUCUUGAGGCAUUAUGAGAAUACCCAUUAUAAAACAUUAGACUGAACACUUAUGUGCUCUGGAUUCUUUCAAAUCUAUGAAAGCUGCUCUGUGGUCUACCAAGCUGUUUUUUGUACCGUUUUAAGACUUCUCUGUUUUUUGUACUUUUAAAAUGUUUUAAUAAAACAUGUUAAUAGUUCAGUGAAUUAUGAACAUCCAGCAAAAUCUGAUAUUGUGAUUAUUAUGCUCUAUUACUUUUUCAGUUUAAUACCUUAGAAAGCUUUAAUGUCAGUGAUGACUUUUAGGACCACAUAGAUAGAUCUUCUCCAGGGAAAUGA